GCCUGGUCCAAUCCAAAGACUAUAAAGUUGGCUAUCCUGUGCGAUUGGAACUGUUCAUACCAGAUUACCUCAUUUUGUUGAGCAAAAGUGGAGUUGCACGCAAUUUCCAAAGAGGGUUGCCCACAAGACCGUGACACUACUCUUAUAUUAGUCUUCAAGUUUUACUUUUGCAAGGAAUAGUUACGGGUCACCGUUACAAAGUUAUACCGAAAACAGCGCAGAUGAUCGGAUGGUGAUACUGUGUCAUUAGGAGGAGCGUUUACCAGAAGCUCUGCCGUGAAGACAAACAAAAUGGUCCUUCGCAUCGUCUCGUCGACAUAGAUGUAUUGAGCUGAUGGGAGAACUACAAAUCCACGAUACGUCUUUGCGUUUUUGUUUCGCACUCAAAAGAUUGCAUGCCCCAAUUUCGUCAAACAACUUUCAUGAGCAGAAGAUAAGAGUUGAGCUAUAGGACAGUUAUCGGAAAUCGCUGUAUAUUCAAGAAACUUCCCCAGUCAUUUGACUGGACUAAAUUGGUGAAACCUUCAGAUUCAAGAACAGCUUUGAUAAAUCAAUUUAUCAUGAUCGUCAAGAUGAUUAUGCUGUUGUCCAUCCUCCUCUUACUUCCUCUUCCCGCAUCCACCUCACAAGGAACCACCAUCAUGCGAGGCAUGAAGAGCGAGUACGGGUUUAUGGAGACGGCGCGCUUCCCGGACUGCGGGGUAGGGGGCUACGGAGCGUUCCUCAACACCACCGCCUACAGCCGGGGAGAGUGCGGCAUUAGAUGCCUGAUGGAUGAUGACUGCCUUUCCUUCGAGUGGGGCGAGGAGAACUCGACAUGCAGUCUGUUCGAAUACGCUGCGCUGCCGCAUUUGAGGCCAAAGAUGGGAAUUGUCUUCGUUGACAGCGUCGACCCGAAAGUGGGUGAGCAGCACCCUUGCGAGGACGAUCCCUGUCUGAGUGGGAAUAUCUGCACUGAGGAAUGCCACCCAAAUGGCUAUAAAUGUCAAUGCCCAGAUGGGUUACAAGGAGAUUUUUGCAACGAUCUUUCGCCAGUUGAUGGAGGCUUCUCUCGGUGGGGCAACUACUCCGAGUGUUCCGAUGUUUGUCGGACCGUCAGCUACCGCAACUGUAGUGAUCCUUGGGUUGUGGCCGAUGGCAAAGACUGCGUGGGGCCCAACACGCGCGAGACAAGCUGCGACGUUCAAGAUUGCAACGUAUCUCCCUACAUGGGCUGCUAUGAGCACAGCACAUUGGAGGCAGACUAUGACGUUGCCUUGGUUACCACCAGUAGCAACAUGGAAAUUCCAUUAUGCAGGGAGGUGUGUGCAGACAGUGGCUACAAAUUCGCAGCUCUGAAGGGCCAGAAGUGUUAUUGUAUUCGCAGCAUGCAGGCCACGGAUGCAUUCGAUGAGUCGCAAUGCUCUACCAACUGCCCUGGUGACUCCAGCCAAAAAUGUGGGGGAAGUGCCUACUCAUCUGUCUACAGUGCAAGUUCCUCCUCCACCGGCACAUCCUACAAAGGCUGCUUCUCUGGCUCAAUCCAAGACCCCAAAGUUAUCCAAACCUACAGCCCGAGCGCAGCUAGCUCGCCUUCAACAACGCCAUCGACCGGCAGCGCCACUACCCCCGAACCCCCAUCCACCACCCCAGCCUACCCGGGCCUGACUGCCCGUGAGUGUAUGGAGGACUGUCGCACCUACGGGUAUCUCUUUGCAUCCCUCUUUAACGAAACCACCUGUAACUGCCACAACUCACUGGAGGGAAUGGACAUGAGUUAUACAGAAGGAGCCUGUGACAUACAGUGUCCUGGCGGAGAUGACCAAGGGAAAUACUGCGGUGGAAGCAGCGGUUAUUCCACAUUUCGCAUGGACAUCGAAGACACAGAGUUUUGGACUGAGUGGUUCAACUUUGACGCUCCCUAUAGUGAUGGUCACGACAUCGAGACCACAGCAGAGGUGCAUGACACCAUGCCUUGGAUAUGCACCAAUCCGCUGGACAUAGACUGCCGCAGAUUCGACGAUGUACCCUACAAUGAGACCGGUGAUAGCUUCAAUGUUGCAUGUACACUGGAUGGAGGAGGCAUCAACUGCACGCAGGACCUGCAGGUAUAUUAUGUCAACGUGACUUUCAACGUGUCGGACUGGCGUCUGUUGGAAAUUGAGGAAUCGUACAACGCCACUGAGCUUAACUGUGAAUGGAUCCCUGCAUCAACCAAUGAAACCAUGAAUGCAACCAUGGCAAAUGCAACCAUGACGAAUGCAACCAUGACAAAUGCAACCAUGACAAAUGCAACCAUGGCAAAUGCAACCAUGAUAAAUGCAACCAUGACAAAUGCAACCAUGAUAAAUGCAACAAUGGGGAACAGCACACUGAUGGGCACCAACGGGACAGGUACCAGUCAAGGCUACCUGGUCUGUAACAACCAGACACUAGUGCUGGAACGGAAUGUGACCGUGAACGAGACAUUCUUACGACUGACCUGGAGAUUGGAUAGGAUGUCACCACAGUGCCAGGACUACAAGUUCCGCCUCAAGUGCAAAAAUGAACCGGAGAAGAUGAUUGGCUGCUUUGAGGCCGGGGAUGUCAACGACACCUUCACAGCAGCCAUUGGCCUGGACAUUGCCAACUGCAGCAGCCACUGCAGCAGCCUGGGCUACCCGCUGCUGGGCAUGUCCAGCGAGCUAACCCGCUGCUACUGCGGCAGCUCUAUGAAGAAUAACAAGGCCAUCGCCAGCCAGUGCUUCUAUACAUGCGGGGAUGAGAAUUAUCCGUGUGGAGGGUCAGGAAAGCAGUCUGUCUACUAUACUGGCGAUUGUAACCUGCCCUUUGGCAUCACCAAGAGUCAGAUGUCUGGUACCCUGAUGCAUAACAACGAUGCCACAGACGAAUACGACCUGUGGUUUGAUGCGCUUGACCAGAACCCGACUAUUGAGUUGAGUAACUUCACCAACAUCGGGGUCAACAUCCCCUUCCAGCUGGAGAUUGAUCUGGGACGCGUGCGAUCGUUCAACAGGAUGGAGACCAAAGGAAUGUACAUCACUGGUAUGGAAAUGAUGACAGGGGCGACCCAAUUCAGAAUUGGGUACAAGUUGGACCCGAGUCACGACACUGAGCUGCUGACUGACAAACAGACCUUGACAGCAAAGGUUUUUACGGUGUCCUCCUUAUCUGCUACUACCUCUCAUGCCUUGGGACAGCUGCUGACCACACGCCAUGUCAUCAUCUAUGUAGACGACUACGACAUGUUUCCUGGGUUCAAACUGGAAAUGUACGGGUGCACUGAUGCCUAAUUGGACGUGGAUGCUUAGCCUGAAAACUCCUAUCAGCAUUUUUGAAUCGAGAAGGUGACAAUGGUUAACAAUGAACAUUAGCAUGGAAGGUUUUUACAUUAAAAAUUCAUAGCAAGUGUCUGGUAGUACUAGGUUAAGUCAUAAAGUCAGGGCGGGUGGGGUGGUAUA